CCCAAUUAUGGAUUGCUGCACAGCUACUAUGCAUUUUUUGAAAAAUGCAGAGGAAUACGGAGUGGACCCACAUCACAUUGUUCUCUAUGGAGAGAGUAGCGGAGGGACAUUUGCUGCAGCCGUUUCUGAAUAUUUGGCAGGCAGGAAAGAUCUCCCAAAGCUAGGAGGCCAGGUCUUCAUCUAUUCGCCUUUCCAGGCCGUCGAUUUCAAUUUGCCUUCUUAUCAGCAAAACCAGUCGGUCCCUUUCCUGUUCAAGAAACAUGCCUUGAAGAUUGCUAUCCGGCUUCUGACUGCAAAGGAGGUCAACGUGGAGGACAUCAUGAAGAAUGCUCAUCUACCCGAACAUGUGUGGAUGAAAUACAGGAAAUGGGUCAAUCCCGAUGACAUUCCAGAAAGAUUUAAGGGCAGGGGUUACGUGCCCAUGGAGCGGCCUCCGUUUAACCAAGAACUUUACGAAAUCAUGAAAGAAGUAACCAACCCCAUGUAUUCCCCACUUUUAGCAGAAGAUGACGUGAUCCACCAGCUGCCCAAGACUUUCCUUCUAACCUGUGAAUACGAUGUUUUCCGAGACGAUGGGCUCUUAUUCAAGAAACGGCUAGAGGACAACGACGUCCCAGUGACGUGGCAUCACAUCGAGGACGGAGUACACGGAAUAUUGUUUGGCUAUGGUCGUUGGCCACUGGAAUACCCAGGAAUGAAACUCCAUUGCCAGCAUAUAAAUAAUUUCAUUAAAAGUAUAUAA